AUGGGUGGGGACCCAAGGCAGAUGAUGGAGGAUGCGGCGGAGGACAAGUUCCCGGAGGGGUUACGCGUCCUCGCCGUGGACGACGACAGCGUCUGCCUCAAGGUGCUGGAGGACCUCUUGCGCGGGUGCAAAUACCACCCAACGACGGUGAUGGAUGCAAAGACGGCGCUGAAGAUGCUCAGGGCGGGGAAGGAGGUGUUCGACCUGGUCAUCACCGACGUGCGCAUGCCGGACAUGGACGGCUUCAAGCUCCUCGAGCUCAUCCGCCUCGAGAUGGAUCUGCCCGUCAUCAUGCUAUCUGCAGAUUGCGACAAGAAGGCUGUGAUGAAGGGGAUAAAUCAUGGGGCGUGUGACUAUUUGGUGAAGCCAGUGCAUACAAACGAGCUAAAAAACAUAUGGCAGCAUGUUGAAAGCAGGAGAAAUACAGAAGCAAUAAGCCACAUCAGCGGGGAUGAUGAUGACGAUCAGAGAGCACAGCUUCGGACUGUUGCCCAGAGCAAUGAUGGAGCUAAUACUGACGAGAACAAAGAGAGCACACAUGCAUCCACUACCCAAAAGAAGCCAAGAGUGGGAUGGACAAUUGAGCUGCACACAAAGUUUAUGGAUGUUAUCAACCAGAUCGGCCUUUAUAGGGCUACUCCAAAAAGGAUUCUGGAGCUGAUGAAUGUGGAUUACCUCACUAGACAAAAUGUAUCGAGUCAUCUACAGAAGUAUAAAUUGUACUUGAAAAGAGUCAACCCAAAUCCACUUGGUGAUGCAUGUGUAAGAUGGAACUCUUUCAUGAACACUCCAGAGAGUUUUAUGCAUAACCAUGAACAUGAAAGGUGGGUUGUAUCCUCAGGUGGCAUCGCCUCCUGGAGUCCCAACAAUUACGGGGCAGCAAGUCACUUAGGCCAGCAUACAAACACCCAAAGCAGGAUGUUGAAUGCAAACAACAGUGUUCCAAUGGCACUACCUCAGUUCGUUUACAGCGACCCCAUCACUACAUUAGUGGCAGGCUUAAGUGAGCAGAUGGCGUCGUUCAACAUAGCAAGCGACACUGGCUCGGUUGGAAUGAUGUUAAAUGGCAAGUCUGCACCGGGUAUAGGAAGAACUUCAGUGGCAGAGACUGAUAUGGUUAACUACGAAAGAACUAGUUCUGCACUUUCCAACCAUCAGACAGAUGGUUUCGUCGCAUUGACCCAGAUGCAUGAUGUCGGUGAUGCAUCUGGCAUUCUCCAUGUGCAAGAAGGAACAAUGGAUCAACAAGCGCUUAGUGGUCAACUGAAUGGCAUCAAUGCCUUGUCAUCGGGUGGUAUUUCCAGUCUUCUCAAUGAAGAUUUCAUUAGAGAGGAUGCUGUCAUGGAUGGGUAG